AUGGCCAUUGCAACUACGUUGCGGUCGGUAACUAUUCUGCCGACUCCUGACCAGAGCCGCGGAAAGCGGAUUGGGUUCGAAGUCGGUCGUUCCGCGGAAUUCUUGUCGUUCAGCUCGAACAACAAUCGAGUCGCCGCCACCGAAUUGAUCAGAUCGCGCGGUCAAGUCCUUUCCGGGGGCUACUCUCACUUCGUUACCGGUCCGAGGACAUCAAUUAAGCCCUCAACUCUAAGUCUAUCAUGUAACCGAUUUUCAAAGAUGACCGGUUCGCCAGUACUCAACGAUUAG